CUUUCGUACCGACUAAUGAUAAAUCUGGAAUUUACUUUACCAUUGACAAAAGUACAAUUUGACAUAUCAUUUUAAUAGAAAAUUAUUUAUUGGAGCAUCGUUAAUAGACUAAAAAAGUGAUAUCGUAAAAGUAUUACCUAAAAAUUCGAAAUAGAAAGUUGAUUUUCCCAUAAUCAUCUGUAAUUAAUAGGACGACAAAGCUUCAUUAUUAGCUAUUCAGUACGUACAAAUUCGAAAGAACGCUGAUUGGUUACGUCGAAGUAAUUGAGUAUUUUGAACACGCAUGCGUAUUAUCGUCACCUCGCGUAUAUCAUCGAAGUAUAUAUAUUACAUAUCUAUUAUAAUUAAUUUUCUGUCAUCGAGAAAGAAUGCUGGAUACAUGGACGAACGAUAAAACAUAUAUCAAGAAGAAAUUUUUUCCUCGUAUCUUAAAACAGACUGUUCGGACCAUUUUGGGGAUCAAGGAGGAUAUUUUGAUGUUGUAGUACGUCCAAUGUUACAACAAGGUCACGAAGGAGAGUUAUGUGGUUGGUUAAAAGAAAUGAGCUUAAUUCGUACCGUCUCAAAUUGUCCUCAUUUGGAUUGUAAAGGAAGAAGUUUGGUUUGGAAUCCUGCCAGGAUAGUUGAUAAAUAUAAUUGGACUUGUCCUGAUUGUACUAAAAAACAAUCUAUCAGAGAGAAGUCCUUCUUUUUAGGGAUAAAAUGUGAUUUAAAAUUGUGCCUUCAAUUGAUAUUAGGAUGGUGUCAAAAGAUUUCAUAUGAGGAUGCUGCCUCUUAUCUUGAUAUUAAAACUCAUAUAGUUAAGAAAGUCUAUGAAAGAUGCGACGAAGUUUCAGAAACGUAUGUAAUGAGCCAUCCAGAAGAUUGGAUUCUAGGGGAUAAGAGUACAAUAGUAAUCGUUGAUGAAUUCCCAGGGGGUUGUAUGACUAGAAAUUAUAUAGAUACAAGUACUAAUAAAAAACGUAACAAUAAUUCUCAUACUAUAGUGUGUAUAGCAGAAGCAAAUACUUUGCCACCCCGUAUGUGGUUACAUAUGAUAGAAGCAAUUCCAGAGCCAAUCAAAAUGGAUAAUAUAAAAAAGGAUGUUAGUAAAUGUAGUAUGGUCGAUGAGGCCUUGAAAGAAAUAACACGGCACACAGUACCUGGAAGUUAUAUUAUAGCUAAUAAUAAAGCUCGUUGCUGUAGCUAUGAAUCAUUAUUAGAAUUAAAGCAAUAUAAAGUUAUUAGCGUUGAACAAUUACAAAAAUUUGAUCCCCCAGGAAAGGGUAAACUUCUUGAGAAUUUAGAAACUAUUUGGCAAACGGGAGUAGAAAUAUGUGAAGAAAUUCAAGAAACUACCCAUACAUUGGGUCAGCAUAUAAUAUCAAGGUAUCUAUGGAGACAAAGAUUUGGCUCUUCGCCUUCAACGGCAUUUCAAUACAUGUUAAAUCAUAUAGCUGAAUGUUUUCGAUUUUCUUGAAUUUGAAUCAUUCAUCAAUUCUAUUGAAUUUAUUCUUUUAUAUUAUCAUUGUUAUUUCCCUUACUAUUAAUAAUAUGGAUAUUACUGUUAUACAGAAGGUAAAUAUUUUUGGAUGAAUAAUCAAAAGUUAACAUUUUUAGAAUAUAUGGUAAUAAUGUUUUUUAAAUAUUACGGUCUGUAUAGAUUUUAAUACAAAUUAUAAAGAAAUAGCACAAAAUAUUUUCUGAAUAGGAUAAAGAGAGUUAAUAUUUAAAAAGAAAAACUUUUUACAAUAUUAGCAAAAGAAUUUUUUGAAUCGUAAAAGAUAGAUAAAAAAAAAAAAAGUUUUUGAAAUAUUCUAUCAGCACUUUAACACUUUUGUGGAGAUGGUUAUUCGCAAAUUAAUGAUAUAUUUUAUAUAAAAUGUUGUCUUAUGGAUAGUAUAAAUUUACUAUCAUUCAUGGUAAACACAUAUGCUACAUGUCUUCCAAUUAAUUUUUGGAAUUUUGUAUAUUAAAUUGUAUCUUUAAAACAAUUGUUGACAUCUUAUAGCUAUAUAUCAUUAUACAAGAUUAAAAAAAAAAAUUAUCUUUAUUUUGAUUAAGUCUUAGAUUGUAUUUUUAUGUACGUAAUGUUCCAAUGAUAUUUAUCAUUUUGAUUUAACAUAUUAUCAUAGAUACAGUUGAUGAUUUGUACAGAUUCCAUCAGAAGACUGAUGAUGUUGAUGGUAAUGGAAUAUUUCCAGAUACUUUAAUACAAUAAUAUGAAAUACAUUAUUGCUUUUUUUUUUUUUGUUUUAAUUCAUGUAUACUUUUUUUUUUCUUUUUUUUUUUUUUUUUUUUUUUUUUUUUUUUCUUUUCUUUUCUUUAUUAAUGUUCAUGUGUAUUGGUAAAAAGGGAAUAUCUUAAAAGAUUUUGAAUUUAAAUGUAUCAAAGUAUCAUUUCAAUCGACAUAUGAAAUAUUUUGAUAUAAAAGAAAUGAUAAAAAUUAUUAUUGGCAAUUUUUCUUGUAAUUGAAAAAAAAAAAAAAAGAAAAACAUUGAAUCUGAGAUAAUACUUUUUUUGUGAACAUAAGUAGCAUCAUAUCCAAAGCAUUUUACCAGUAUUAUAACAAAUAUAAUUGUACAUGCGUGAUAGCAGGAUAAGUUUUCCUUAAUCAUGAAAGAAAACCAUGAGAAAUCAUAAGUUCUUUAAGAUUAAGUUAUGAAUGGAAUAACUUAUAUGAAGAACUAUUGUUGUGAUAGAAAAAAAAAAAAAAAAAAGAAAAGAAAUUAUUGCUUCCAUAUAUUCCUAUUGAUUUUUCAUAUUCUAUAUUUAUUUCCACAUUUUAUAUUUUAAUAAAGAUUUAAAUUUUCACCAAAAAUAUUCCUCUUCAAUUUAUAUAUUAAACAAGUAAUAAUCAUUUGAUUUCUGAAAACGUAACGCAUGAAGAUUCCACUGAAUUUUACCAAAGUACGUUACUAUUGUUUUUUAGACUUGUAUAAUGAUAUUAGAGACGCCUAUUCUUACUACUCGAUAUUUUUAAAAUAAAAUGUUCUCAUUAAGGGACUUUUGA